ACCAGAGAGUCCACAUGGUAGAUGUUGUCAACCACAAACAGCAGAGUGAUGUCAAAGAGAGAUUUGGUUGUGUAUCUCAGGCUUCCCUCUGCGUUGUAGGUGAAUAUAAAGUGCUCUUUUCUCAGCACAAAUGGGUCUGUCCUUCUGCAUGAGGAGCAUGAGGAGGAUACAGACUUUGGCUGUGCCAGGACUAUGUCAUUGACACGACGAAGGUUGCCCCUUUCGCGGACAUAAAUGGGGCCGGUGUCCAUUUUAAGGCAGCUUUUUCGUGGAAGGAGCAAAUUCAGCACCCAAUACUUAUACAGCCAAAGAUAUAACUGAGAUUAGCGAGCUAGUUCGCCUCAAUAUGGUCUACAAAUGAGGUAAACACCGAACUAAGAUGACUGAAACGUCUUCACGACACUUAAACUAUCUGCUUCUCCUUGUAUUCCGCAUAUUUUGGCAAAAAUAGUCCAAAUUGUCAAGGUUUACUUGCAAGUUUUGAGUGCUUCUUACUUUAGAUGACAGUGCUACUCAUCGUAGCCAAGUUUCUUAGCCGGUGCUUUCAAAAUAAAAGUCUACGUCAAGUUGAAACUCGUGUCAAGAUACAUAGAAUAAAACAGGUAAUAAGAAUUUUGCCUAAAACGCCUCUUUAACUAUCUCAUACAAUGACCCGUUAUAGUUACUCAAUUAUUUAAGGUUCUUUUUCUAACUUAAAUGAGCCCCGACCUUUACUUUGAAUGUCUUGAGUAGCAGGAAGAAGUCUUGUUUACAUGGCCGGUAUGUCCUGUUCCACGCAUCACGGCGCUAACCCAGCUGAGAGAACUGAUAUGAUUUUAUGAGUGUUGAAGAGUUUUUGGUGAGUAUGCAUCGUUUUAAGGAAGAUGGGGACAAGGUUAUCUUACAGCUACAGAGACCCUUGUUAAUUUUACUGGUUUGCAUGUGAUAUUAGACGGUAGAUACGAUCACUUGUUGAUGAAAUGUCAGGAGAGAACUUGAUAAGCUAGCAAACUUAAGCUAAUUUUAAGGGUGUUCCUUGAGUCGAAGCGUUGAAAACAAAUUAUGUAGACAAAGAUUGGUUUGGAUAUGAGAAAAAUGUGUUUUUUUCUUGCACAGGUAACCGAUUAAAGUGUUUCCUUGGUGAAACAUUUAUUUGGCGACAAGAGACAAACUUUGUAACUCAGAGUGAAUCUGUGGAAAUGGCGUCAAACAAAGAUCCAUUUCAAUUUCAAGGUAAGAAUCCUCCACAACUAAAUGUAAAACUUUGAUAUAAAGUUGUCUGAUUUAUAUAGAGUUUAUUUUUAUUUUUGGUCUCUUUAAAUGCUCAUAAUCUCUGAAUGCAUCUCCAAAGUGCGAUCUUGCACCAAGCAAUAUAGCAUAAUUCACUCAAAAAUCUGUCAAAUCUGAUGUCAAAUUUCCCAUCUGUCACUGUUUCGACACCAGAAUUUGAAGAAGCUGGAAAUCUGUUGGAAGCCAACAGAGAUGCUGUGACCAUAAGCAUUGAAGAUGAAGGAAUCAAACCUGAGAAGCAGCCGAAAAGAGCAGCUGGUUACUCUCCUGGUGGUGAAGACGAGGACCCACUUGUCAGUGAUGACAAGGAAGAGGUUGGAACAGAUCUAAUGUGCAUUUUUUUACUGUUGAAGUACUAUGUUUACAAGUACUUUUAUUAAUCAAAAUCCUCUCUGUUUUUUCUCUUCAUAUGAAGCUUCUUUCAGGACAAAAGAAGAGUGUACCUUUCUGGACCUUUGAGUACUACCAACAAUACUUUGACAUCGAGACACACCAUGUAAUAUGAUUGAAACAUUUCAGUCACUUUGGACUCUGUGGCUACUUAUGUACUAAAUGAAUAAACAUUUAUUUAUUUGUUUUAGGUGAAGGAAAGGAUCAUUGGAUCAGUGCGGCCAUGGCCCAUGAAGAACUUCAUUCAUGUCUACCUUCGAAGAAAUCCUGAUCUCUAUGGUGAGCACUGAAACACUCAAUUACUCUUUUUUAUGAUAAAUAUGAGAUGCACUGUUCCUGUCUUUUGCUGAAGCUUAUAUUUUAUUAUAUUUGUGAAUGAUACCAAGAAACCAUAUGGGUACACUAAUCAAAGUUCUUGGUAUUUAUACUUUUAGGACCGUUUUGGAUUUGUACCACUCUUGUAUUUGCCAUUGCCAUCAGCGGAAACAUAUCCAACUUUCUGGUACACUUAGGCAAACCAAACUACAAGUACACCCCAGAGUUUCGAAAAGGUAAGUGCUGUCAUUCUUCAAUAUUUAUGAAGAUUUUUGGGGACAGCUCUUUUAUUUUUUAAUUUGUUGUGUUUUCCAGUGACUAUCGCUGCAACAGCCAUCUUCAGCUAUGCUUGGUUAGUGCCACUCGCUCUCUGGGGUGUCCUGCUGUGGAGGAAUAAUAAGGUCAUGAACUUGGUGUCAUAUUCUUUCAUGGAGAUCGUCUGUGUUUAUGGAUAUUCCCUUGCAAUAUACAUUCCAGCAGUGGUAAGACUCAUAAUAACAAUAAUAGUAAUAAGUGGAUAAGAAAGAAUAAUUGUGUUUUACCUUAUUUUAUAUGAUACAGGAACUCGGAAAGAAAGUCAUAGGAGAGCUAGACUGACAACCCCAUUUUCAAAAAUGUAGAGAUGCUGUGUAAUAUGUUGAAAAAAGCGCACAGUUUGCAAGCCAUUUAAAGUCCAUGUUUAUUUUAAAAAGUGCAAGUCAGUAGGUUUCAUAAAAGUUCUGAGUAUGAAAAGGGCAUUUUAGAGAGCCUGAGUAAAUAUAGUAAGAGGUUCAGAUAGACUUAGAGAAAAAAUACGCUUAAAGAAUCAGAGGAUUCCAUCAUCUACAGCAGCAAAUGUCCUUAAAAGGUUAAGAGAACUCGGAGAAGUCUCCGUACAAAAGGGACAAGGCCAUAAAACCAAAACUGGUAGGCCAUGCAUUAUAAAUCAACAUGACUCUGUAGAAGAUAUCACUGCAUGGGCCUGUAAUUACUUCCACAAACCACUGUGCCUAACCACAGUGUGUAACUGUAUCCACAAAUGCAGGUAGGAACUAUCCCAUGCAAAGAGGAAACCAUUUAUAAACAUGACCCAGAAAUGCCAGGAUAUUCUUUGGGUCAGAGCACAUUUGAGAUGAAUGAAGGGGAAGUGGGAAACCACUCUGUGGCCUAACAAAUUAGAAUUUGACAUUAUUUUUGGAAGUUAUGGAUACAGCAUCCUUCAUUUAAAAGAAGAGAGGGACCACCAGGGUUGGUAUCAGCUCACAGUUUGUAAUCCAGCAUCCCUUUUGUCAUGGGAAUGCAUCACUGCUCACAGCAUGGGUGGUUUACCUAUCUGGAAAGGCAUUAUUAUUGUUGAACAUACAAGGUUGGGGGCAACAGUGAUGACAUCCAGAAAAGUCCUUUUUCAAAGGGGGCAGGACGAUACCCAUUUACAUUCUGCAUGUAUUACAACACCAUGGCUCUGGAGUGGAAAAGUCCAGGUGCUAAGCUGGUUAGCCUACAGUCCUGACUUGUCACCCGUUAAAAAGAUGAAGUCUCCUUAUUCCCGAAUGCAAACUGAAUGGUCAAAUAAGGGGUGAUGCUUGUAUCAAAUUUAAAAGAAACAUCUUUUUUUAUGAAGACAAUCAAAAUUUCAAAUUGGAUUUAGAUUGUUUAGAUUGCAUCUGAUUUCAACCUAGUGUCCCAGUAUUUUUGGAAUUGGGGUUAUGUUUGAAACACAGUCGGUAAAGAUUUUUCCAAGAUAGAAUGUGAAGAAAUAUAAACUUUCAAAGUCAUGUGAUGAUAUCUUGUCAGUUAAUAAACACUCAUUUCCUUUCCUACAUAAGGUCCUGUGGAUUCUCCCGUAUGAAUGGCUGAGGUGGUGCUCCAUCGUGAUCGCUCUCUGUCUCUCUGGCUCGGUCCUGGUGAUGACCUUCUGGCCUGCAGUCAGGGACGACCACCCCAAAGUCAUCAUAGCAAUCCUGUCGGCCGUCGUUCUGCUUAAUGCCCUGCUUGCAGUCGGGUGCAAGGUAACCGUGCUCCAUCUCCGUGAUGCUGCUUUUAUAUAACUGUACAACAAGGAUUGAUUACAAAUCUGAGAGAAAUGGAAAUAAAAUCAGUUCGAGGGAAUAGGAUACAUCAUCUUUUGUCUUGCUUUGGCAAACGCUAUCUUCUGUAAUCGAGUUGAUUCAAGCUGCCAGUCCAUCUUGGCGCAGAUAACAACAGUGAUUGACUGUUGGGCGGCCGAGACUUGACCCACCUAUUACAGGCAAAGCACUCCCCUGACAUAUUUGCGUGCAUCUUUCUGUGUUUCUGAGACCUGAUAGUGUCAAGUUCAGCUCUCUCUGAGGAGUCUCUCUCUUCUGUGGAAACUGUGAGUGCAUUUGCUAACCGGUGUGCGAACGUGCACUUCUUAAUGUGAACACUGUCAGGUCCACAGAGGUGUCAUAUAUCUGCUCACACUCAUGUAAUUAGUCUACAAAGUAAGCCUUUGUCUGAAGGCUGACCAAGAUGAAUGGAUGCCCGUAACGCUUUAUUCUCCGCUCUUGUGCCGAACAUUUGCUGAACACUUAGUCCAAGACACAGCGGCUUUACCUCCUGAUUGAUUAGUAGUCCCUCUUAAUGCUGUAAUUGAGUCUUUCCUGGACUGGGUAACACUGUAUUCUUGUCGUUGUUUUCAGGCGUAUUUCUUCAGCAAACCAGAACCAAUACUGCAAGUUGAAAAUACUCCUGCAGCGGUGAUGAUCAAGCCGACGUCUUCCACAUGAAAGCCCCUCAUUGUUUGAAGGUAAACAAUGCUGACACAGAACCUUUUUAAGCCAUGCUCCCUUUGUGCAAAUACACUAAUAACCUGAUACAUGUGAGUCAUAUUCCUCAUCCUUCAUCUUUUAAAUACCUGUUUUGAUGUUUACUUUACACGUAUCUUAAAACGAUGCUGACCUUCGCUUCAGCAGCUCCGCAAAGUUGGCCUAUUCCCCCCCCCCCCCCCCCGAGUGUUUUUUCAUUGACCCGCUAAAGCUCAACAUCUGACACCGGACUUCCGCUACAUGAUUUCUCCUUCCCAAAGCAUGUGUUAUUCUAUUUUAAAUUGCAGGCUCUCCUGUUGCCUUAUUAGAGAGAAUCAGGUUGCUGUGGUCAUGAAGUCAUGCGUCGUCUGGAUUUCACACCUGCACUUGGACGUUCUGGUUGGAGUGUGCGUGUGCUUGGUUCAACCGCCUGACCUCUGAAAAUGAACACUGGAACCAAGUAUGUUAUCUCUAAUGGGAUGGCUUCUAAACGUAGGAAAGAAAAACGGGGUAUGGUGUUACACAGCGCAGUGGGACUCUUUUAGUGAUUUACUUUUCUUAUUUGGAGCUCUUUUGUUAAAAUUCUUCGAUAUAAGUCUGUGCAGUGUCAUCAAGGGGGUUUUGUAUAUGCAUUUUUAUAUUGUGUAAAUGGGAACUGGAUACUUUGUGUAAAAAAUUGCCUUUAUGAUCAGCACAAAAAUGUAGUAUGUGGUACAUUAGAGGGCGAGUCUUAGUCUGUUUAAAAAGAACUGUAUAUGUCUUUGUCUGAUAAAACCUAAGUGUCCUCAACUAAUGCCAAAGACUCAACCUAAAUGCCCAUGUGGUUAAUGAAAGGACUAUUUUUUUUAAUUAUUCACUCUUGUUUUAACAAAGUGAUUUCUGGAAUUUGAUGUGCCCAUGUCUGUGUGAGUGUUAUAUGGGAGAGAAGGUGAAUUGUUCCACUUUGGACUCAUAGUAAAAUCAUCUUUGUAAAUACAACAACUACAUUACUGGUCAACCUGUAGUCUGUUUUAAAGCACAAAAAUAAAAUAUUAACAGAUUGUUUGGAGACUUUUUUU